AUGGGCGAUCAGGCGGGCCCAUUCAAUCGAGUGCACAGCGUCUCUCCACCAUUGAAGGGAGCAUUCCCCCUUGAUCACGACAAGAAAUGCAAACUCGACAUGUUGAAUUACAUGUGUUGCCUGCACGAGAAGAAGCAAAAGAACACGGAAUGUCGAGAUUUGGCCCGUGGCUAUUUCAAAUGUCGAAUGGAGAAUGGGUUGAUGGAUCGAGACGACUGGAAUACACUCGGAUAUGGCGAUACAAACGAGACGCCGCAGCACAUCAACACCCCAAACAAA